GCUGCGUACAGCGCGGCGGCGGAAAUUGGCGCUUUCAGUGGAGCGCCGCGCCCCGGUCGCCGCCGCACCCGCAGCUCGACAGGAUGACGCCCUGGCUCGCGCUGCUCUUCCUGGCCGCCCUGCUCCCGGACGGGGCAGACUGCGCCAACUGCAGCGUGCCCACGAUCAUGCGCGACCAGUGGUACAGCUACGAGGACGGCCAGAACACCAUCACCGAGCUGGACGCGACGCGCAUGAGCGGCCGCGGCGAGUGCGUCGCGAUGGUACAGGACAGCUACCGCUACACCAUGCUCUUCAAGGACAACAGCUGCUACCACUGCGUGCAGCUGCUGGUGCGCACCAUCAACGUUAUGGAGAAGCGCGAGACUGGCUGUGUGAACUUCGCAUCUUCGUUCUCGCCUACGCUGGAGCAAGUGUGCAAGAACUUGGACACUGAACAAGAUCUCAUCACACUCUUCAAUCAGAACUUCCGACCCAAGAUCUGUCGGUCCAGUUUGGAAGGCGUCUGGCAGUUUGCUUACCAAAAUCGAUUCCGGUUCACCGGCGAGUGCAACAACCCAGACAGUCGCUUGCGCUCUUGCCAGGAGCUGGGCAACCAGUUCCUGAUCGCCAACCAGAAGUUCACCAUGAACUACGCUCGGUGCGAGUCGAAGGACGACAACACUGAGCGGGAUCCGCUCUACCGCAACGAGGACAUCAACCAGGGCAAGGUGGAGUUCGCCUGUCUGGGCGACUGGAAAGUCGGCAAGAACCACUUCUUUGCCGUGGCCAACACCAAGGAGUCGCGGAAAGAGGCCAAGUACCGUUGCUUCCUAAAAAACCGUGACGACGACCUGCUGCUGGGCAAGAGCAUCACUCCAGAGUGUAACGUGCUGAAGACGCCCCAGGACAGCCCGGAGAGGCUCAGCCUGACACCAGAGAAGUCAGAGACGGUGACACCGCUCUGCAGCAUGCCGACCAACUUCACCGGCGACUGGGUCAACACGGCCAACACCGACGCCGACGUGGUCAUCAACUCAACGCACGUGGUGGAGACGUACUACCCUGACGAGGGCCGCUAUCGCCGCACCAUCUACACCUGCCUGGAGAAGCAGGGCAACCGCUACAUGAUGGCGCGCCAGAACAUCGACGGAUGUCAGACAGACUACGUGUGCUUCGACUUCCUGCCGAUGCACCACAACGUGAUCCGGUACCGUCGCGGCCGGGAGCUGAUCAGGAACGAGUUCCACACCGUCUGCGCCUGGAAGCAGUUCGAGGGCAGCGACGGCAUCAAGCAGGUCGGCAAGGACGGCUCCUGGCUCUACAACAUCAUGGUCGCCAAGAAGCCGGUGCCGAUCGGCUGCCCGGUCGCCGGCAUGUUCAAGUUCGAGCAGCAGGGCGAGAUCAAGUUCCGCACACGCAUCCUGCACGGCAUCACCGACUCGCCGCGGCCCGACCUCAACUGCCAGUACGUCAUCUCCGAGUUCGCCGCCUGCAACCAGGGCCAGAAGGCGCAGACCGAGAUCAGCAUUGACAACGAGAAAUGCUACUCGGUCGACUACCUUGGCCGGCCGCACGACAUCUACAGUGACCCCGACUACAAGAUGCAGUGUGUAGGCUACUGGCGGGAGAACCUGAGGUCAUAUCUCAUCACCUUUGACGAGCUCGACCCCAUCAGCAAGUACCGGUGCUGGGUGUACGUCAGAACGGACAUCAACCGGAUCAAGAUGUCGCAGGCGGUCGGCAGCUUCUGCAACAUUAACCAGCGUGCCGACUCAACUAACUACACGGAAGGCGCAGCCGUGUUUCUAGACCUGCGCGAGAACGAGCGCGAGCGGGACCGCUGCCCGCUCUACUUUGACGACGGCGAGAACCCGUGGGCGCGGCAGGACAGAUACUUCAAGGUAUUCGACUUCAAGGGCGCCGGCGCCACCCUGGGCGUGCUGAGCCUGCCGCUGCUGUUGCUGCUGACCACGGCCACGGCCGCGUUCGUCUGAUAGUGCUGCGCUGUCGACGGCGUACCGCUAGGCCAGUGGAGACUGCCUCACUGGCGACGUCCCCCCGCGGGGAAUGAACUCAGCGUAUGGUGGCGAAGAGAGCGUGCAUGUCUCUUCCGGCCCGGACAGAGAUCUGAGAGACAGAUAUCAGAGGGACAGAGAUCAGAGCUACAGAUCGCGCCGCGUCAUGUGAGUGCCUCGUUUCUUGCGGUAGUGUGACGGGCCUACGCGGGCAUGACGCAUGUCCGCGCAUUUCUGCACGAGACUGUGAGAAGGCGCCGCUCCCGACGUGCUGAAACUGUAAGGUGCCUGGAAAUGGAAGGCACUGGGUUCAAGGACGCCGCAGAGUGUGAGGUAUGGCCGGUGCACAGUCUUACUUCGUGAUUAGAGUCCCACGCAGUCAACAUUUUCUUGUGUAUGUGUCAAUAUCCACCUUCACAGAUGUGUUCAAUGUUUUUGGGCUGCAGAUACCCAAAAUGGGAUUAUAAGCUGAGCAUACGGGCUUGGGUCAUACCGGGCUAUUCUUGAGGCCUUUUUUAAACAAGUGGACCGAAAUUGCUCAAACAGCUCGGCAACCCAGCUACUGAUUUCAUGUGCAUAGAUCAUGUACUUAAGCGAAGCGUUCUAUAUGUGCAUGUGCUGCUGUUGUAUUUUGUGUCUGGCUUGUUUCUUACAAAAGCUGGAUGUUAUGAAAUACAUAUGCACGAGAUACUGCGAUAAUAAAGCUAUUACCACAGAUUUCA